CAGUCAGCCUCAGUGGAGUUGGACUCCCUGCCAGUAUGAUCGUAUUCACCUCCAGCAUGAUCCCAGUUCAUCCCAGUGAUUUCCCAUUCCCAAAUCUUGACUGGAUGGAGAAGGAGGCUGUGAGGAAGAGGAAGAUGUCCCAGGACAACCAGGCAGACAAGGAGCUGAGGAUGGAGACCCGAGAGGACAAAUCCCUGCAGCAGAACCUGGUGGAAGAGGCCGUUUUGUGCAGCUCCACAGUGCAGGAAUCCAGCGGGGAGGAAAAGCUCCGGAGAUCCCACAGGAGGAGGGGCUCCAAACCCAUCCCAGGGUGCUCUGAGGAGGAAAGACCCACCCUGUGUCGGGAAGGUGGCCAGAGAUCCACACGGGGCUCUGAGCUGGUGGUCCAUGAGCAGCUUCAGGAUGGGGAGAAGCCCUACAAGUGCUUGGAGUGUGGGAAGAGCUUCAGCCAGAGCAACAGUCUGAUCCGCCACCAGAUGAUCCACACUGGGGAAUGGCCGUAUGUGUGUAGGGAGUGUGGGAAGGGCUUCAGCUUCUGCUCUGAACUCAUCACCCACCAGAUGAUCCACACUGGGGAGAGGCCCUACGAGUGUCCUGAGUGUGGGAAGAGGUUUCAGACCAGCUCCACUCUCCUCGUGCACCAGCGGAUUCACACGGAUGAGAGGCCGUUCCGCUGCCCUGACUGCGGGGAGGGCUUCAAACACAACUGCACCCUCAUCACCCACCGGCACAUCCACACUGGGGAAAGGCCCUAUGAAUGUCCCCAGUGUGGGAAGAGGUUUCAGAGGAGCUCCACUCUCCUCAUGCACCAGCGGAUUCACACAGAUGAGAGGCCCUUCCGUUGCCCCAACUGUGGGGAGGGCUUCAAGCAAAACGCCCACCUCAUUACCCACCGGCGCAUCCACACUGGGGAGAGGCCCUACAAGUGUGGGGAAUGUGGGAAGAGCUUCAGCCGGAGCUCCAGCCUGAUCAUCCACCAGAGGACCCACACCAGAGAUCAGCCCUGUGAGUGUGGAGAAUGUGGGAUGACCUUCAGAUGGAGGUCCCAACUGACCAUCCACCAGAUGAUCCACACAGGGGAGGGGCCCUACGAGUGUCCUGAGUGUGGGAAGAGGUUUCAGACCAGCUCCACUCUCCUCGUGCACCAGCGGAUUCACACGGAUGAGAGGCCCUUCCGCUGCCCCGACUGUGGGGAGGGCUUCAACCAAAACGCCGACCUCAUCACCCACCGGCGCAUCCACCCUGGGGAGAGGCCCUACAAGUGUGGGGAAUGUGGGAAGAGCUUCACCCAGAGCUCUCACUUGACCAGACACCAAUGGAGGCACCGGUAAGGGAAGCCCUGAGAGUGCCCCAAGUGCAGAAGAGCUUCGUGCUCUGCCCCAGCUCCAUCCCCCAUCAGAGGACCCACGUUCCCAGUGAUCUGUGUUGGGAACACACUGGGGUGAUGGUCAUUUUGAUUUGGCCCUGAUAUUCUUUUGAUUCAUCUUCAUCCCUUUAAAACAGAUAAAAUUCUGUGUUUGACUCCUGAAAUGGAAUGACAGUGCUUUUACAUGGGAAGAAAAGCAGCUAGCCACAGAUUAUAAAGUGGAGAGGGGAGAAAAAUGCCAGCAAGACUUUUCUGCCCUGGUCUGUUUGGUGUGACAGCAAUCCCUAGAUGUAUUCAAUACUGGAACUUGUCUCCAAAUGCUAGAACUAGGUUCUUCAAUGUGAAUGACAGUAUCUAUUCUUGUGAAGGGAAACAUCUUGUCCGACUGAUGGUGCUGCAGAUGAUCAUCUUCCAGGUGGAGGUGAAGGCCAGCAAAACAUUUUUGUCCUGAAACACUGUGACUAAGUGAUUUAUUUUCCAAGGAAAAGCAGUGUCAUUCCCUUUCAGGAGCACAUAUGAGAAAUUUGGAAAUUACCUCUACUAAUGAAUACGUCCAAGGUUUGUUCCAACAGAAUAGGUGCCUGGAGAGAUAGGUCUUGCUUGCCUUUUCCUUCCCUGGGCAGACAGUCAUCUGCAGCACUGACAGUAGGACUAGGUGUUUCUCCUCCCAGGGAAAUGUGCUUUCAUUCACUUUCAGAGCCCAACCUCCUUAAUUUGGUGCCAAGCUCAAAAUUUGGAUCCAUCCAAGGAUUGCUCCCACACAAUAUGUUCCAGGACAGAAGGUCUUUACAUCCCCUGGGCAGCCUCUCAUCUACCCCUGAAACAGUGAUUACCUGAUGUUGCACUAUAUUAGGAACAGCAAAAGUACAGCACAGACUCUGGCUUGGUUGCACAAGACAGCAAGUUUUAUUCUUCCAGAUCUUUUAUAGACAGUUCUGAGAAGGUCUGAAAAGGUAAAACUCUCAUUGGUCAUGAAACUAACACAUCACCAUCAUUGGACAGUUAGGAACAAUACCUCUUGACCGUUUCUUGCAAGUAAACAACAAGGCGACAACACCUGCCAAGGUUGUUUUCCUUCUCUAAGGCCUGUUUGAAUUCCUCCGUAUGAUUUCUCAUGCCAGAGUAAGAACCUUGUGUGACUUAGUUUCACACAGGCCCAAGCUAAUCCCUGAAGCCUAAAAAUCUCUUAUUUGACCAUUGUCAGUUCCCAUACCCUGAAGCAUCAUGGACCCACUGAGCCAGAAAAAUCUCACCCCUGUGUGACCAGUCCAGACCCACCUGAGACACUUUAACCCUGGCAGCCCGAUCCCCCUGUCCAUUGUUUAGCUGCUCUUCAGUGCCCAACUCUUGGGUAUGUGAGCACUCACAGGAGGGAUUUACACAGCCAACUUCUACACCUGGGCAGUGAUGUCUUGCUCCAAUCCAGCAGCCCCAAUGGGUUUCCCUCUUUACUUCCAACUGUCCUUCUUCCAUCAUUCCAGCCACCUCCACAGAGCAUUUGCCACCAUCCAUGAGUCAGUACAGAGGCAGAGUGUGGGCCACUUCUCUUAUUCAGCCAUACCCAAAGCCAGCUAGAUGGCUUUAAGCUUUAAGGUCUGUAAUCUGACUGGAUCCACCUUGUCCUUCAGUGGCUUCCACAAAUUGUCAUGUAGGACUCUAUACAGCAGCUUUUGAUGCAUUCCUACAAUAAGGCAGGAAUCAUCACUAAAGAGAGAGUGAUGCUUCUCAUUUUCCGGUAGCCAGAGCCUCCUUAGCAAGUGCCACCUUCACCUCCUCCUCUUCUGAUGAUAAUCUGAAAUUUUUGCCUCUGGGACAGCUUGUAAUGACUUCCAAAGGGAUGUUCCCUUUGAACGUCCAGCCCAGCACUGGCAGUUGGGUGCCAGUGGAAGCUAUGUUUUGGUGCCAAUCACUUCUAAAACAGAUGGAACCUCCUCAUAAGCCACCAGUAUUUGUAGUGUGGUGUAGGACUAUAGCUGGUCUCUGAUCCUUUGUAUCCCAGACUCAAGAACCAUAGGGUGGUCCUUUAACUUCCCCAGGUCCCUUCUGACAGAGGCUCCAGAAUGGACCAUUCUCCCUGGCUGCAGCGUGGAGCACAUUUUCCACGUCUUGUCCUUUUCCUGAUUGGUUCAACAGAUACUGUAGGAACAAUCUCCUCUUCAAUUUGUUCAAAAGCUUGUUGCUGUUAAGGACCCCACUUGAAAUCAAUCUUCUUCCAUGUCACAUAAUAGAGAGGGUUUACAAUCUGACUGUAACUUCUCCAAAAUACCACAGUGCCAGGAAAGCCUGUGUUUCCUUCCUGUUGGUCAGUGGGAAUAUGGCUGCUAUUUUGUUGACCACAACCACUGGAAUCUGACAGCAUCCAUCUUGCUAUUUUACUUCUAAAAACUUAACCUCCUCCAAGGCAGGUCCCUUGAUUUUACUGUUUUAUGGCAAAACCAGCCUUCAGGAGGAUCUGGAUAUCUUAUCUCCUUUCUCAAAAGCUUCCUCUGCUGUGGCAUCACUCAUACUGAAGUUCCAACAUGUCCAGCAUGGCAGCACUCAGUGAUGGUACGAGUUCAUCUAGGCCAUGACAGUCCACUGUCAGUGUCCACUCUCCCCAGGACUCAGGCAGAGGCCAUGCGAGGCUACUGAAGGGUGAGUGAGUCUUGCUGAGCACACCCAGCUCUCCAGUCCAUGGAUCAGCUCAUGGAUGGGGUCCUGAAUUCCCGGUCGAUGCCAUGUUGCCAACAGGACACUUGUGCUGGCCAUCAGUACCUGCUGUUCUUCAACCCUCAACAGUCCCACAGCAGAAGGGUCCUCUGAAAGACCAAGGGACUCAAGCAAGGGACUCAACUAUCUUAAUUUCUGCUGUCUCCACAGCAGCUCUCACAAAGCCCAAUGAUGUCCUUUUGGGUCCUUGAAAUACCUCUCCUGAGGUGAUCUAUGCCAAGGAUAACCUAGGAGCCUCUAGGCCAGCGACAAUGGAGUUUUUCUGCCACUCAUGCCCAAUCAGGAGCACUUCAGCUUCCAGUACAGCCCCUGUUGGUAUCCCCCUGUCAUCCCAGAAACAGAGUUGGAUUCUGCAUGAUGGUGAUAGUAAAAGGUUUUAAAAUCAUAGAAAAUUUGGGGACUCAGAAAGAAAGUUAGG